UAAAGUUUCGAUUUUUACUCUUUUUCUAGGCUUGCUUUUAUCAUCAUCAAAUUUUCAACUUCAUAGUUCAAUCAUCAAUCAGUAUAGCAAAAAAAUUUGGAUCAAAACCAAUUUAGCUCUCAUUUUCCCCAUUUAGAUGCUUUCCCGCUUAAAAGUAACCUCCGAGUGAUGUUAUAGUGAGUUAUAGAAAAGGUAUUCGCACCAAUUGUUUGAUCAUUUGCCCCAAAGAAGAACUACCAGUUUUGGCAAUAUGAAGAGCAGAUUGUCGUUUUUGCUCUCACACCAGGCUUUAAAAUCCUCUAAUUUCUGCAAGAAAAAUCCAUAUUCAUUGAUAUCUCCGAACCCUUAUCAGAAAUCAAGUUAUAAUAUGUGGGUCCCAGUGAGGUAUAGAUCCGGUGGAGGAGGCAGACCCAAGAGGAAAAUCUACUACAGAGACCAUGAACUGGACAGAGUCAUGGACUUGCAGAAGAAACCUUCCUUAAUCUUAGAGCUCAAGUCCAUCAUUCAGUCACAAAAGAGCCGGUCUCUUCUUCUCCGGGACCUUGAGAAAGAAGUUGGGUUUGUCAAGAAAUGGAAUUUCAUGAAUGCCAUUGAGAAGUACCCUUCAAUAUUUUAUGUUGGUGGGGGUAAUAGGACACCCCCAUUUGUUAGGCUCGCCCAGAAAGCCGAAAAGAUUGCCGGCGAAGAAGCUGAAGCCAGGGAAUCAAUGGAGCCCAUUUUGGUUAAGAACUUGAGGAAGCUUUUAAUGUUGUCGGUUGAUUGCCGGGUUCCUCUUGAAAAGAUCAAAUUUGUUGAAUCAGGAUUGGGUUUACCAAAUGGUUUUGAGAAGACAUUGAUCCCGAAGUACCCCGAGUUCUUUUCUGUGAAGGAUGUCAAUGGAAAUGCUUGUCUUCUCCUGGAAAGUUGGGAUUCUUCGUUAGCAGUCAGUGCCCGGGAGGAGAAACUUGCAAGUGAAGGAAUUCUGGCCUCUGCUGGGAAUCCAAGGAAGGUUAGGAUAUCGAAAGAUGGUAAUUAUCCCGGUCCACAUGCGUUCGAAAUGAGUUUCCCUGCCGGUUUUAGACCAAACAUGAGUUAUCUUGAGGAACUUGAGAAGUGGCAGAAGAUGGAAUUCCCUUCCCCAUAUCUUAACGCUAGGAGAUUCGAAAUUGCUGAUCCGAAAGCGAGGAAGCGUGUGGUCGGUGUGCUUCAUGAGCUCCUGAGUUUGACAAUGGAGAAGAGGAUGACAUCUGCCCAAUUGGAUGCAUUUCAUUCAGAGUGUUUCUUGCCGUCCAAACUACUGCUUUGCUUGAUAAAACAUCAUGGUAUUUUUUAUAUCACUAAUAAAGGCUCAAGGAGUACUGUUUUUCUUAAAGAAGCUUAUGAUGGGACAAACCUAAUAGACAAAUGUCCCAUGUUGUUGUUCAAUGACAAAUUUGCAGCACUUAGUGGUAGGGGAGAGAUUAGUUCAUCAAGGGAGAUGAUGCCUUCUACAAAGCAUGUUUACUGAAAACUUAUUUACUUUUUUUAAUUAUUUUAUUUUUGUGGUAUUCUUUCUCAAGUUUGAGAUUUUAGCAUCCAUGCAGGAAUUUAUAUCCUUUAGAACAUGAAGAAAUGUAUAUAAUUCAGAAAGGCAAACAUUUUAAGCCUGUCGUGCAAGUUGUCAUGAAAUCAAAGCCUA